AAUCACAUUUGUGGCAUUAUUGUGCCGAUUGCCAUUGGUUUUUUUCGUCUAUUUAUUUGAGGAUUCCUAAUAGGUGACUGAUAGGCGCGAAGUGGUUAGGAUACAAGCCGGUAAUUUAAAAAAUAAAAAAAUAAUAUUCAGAAAAAAAAGUAUCAGCGCUUUACCAGUUAUGGCCGAUAAUGAAGACUUGGGUUUAGGUGAGGAUCACAUAGAUUCCUUUGAAGACGCUAACGGAAUGCACGACGAGGCUCUGUUAAAUGACACAGAUGGAGAUGGAACUGCUGCAGAUGAUCCAGAGUUGGAAGCCAUCAAGGCGCGAGUACGGGAAAUGGAAGAAGAGGCUGAGAAAUUGAAACAGUUACAAAAUGAAGUGGAUAAACAGAUGAAUAUGGGAAGUCCACCUGGACUUACGAGUCCUUUGAAUAUGUCACUGGAGGAAAAAAUGGAAGUGGACAACAGAAGUAUUUAUGUUGGUAAUGUGGACUAUGGGGCGACGGCUGAAGAACUGGAACAACAUUUCCAUGGAUGUGGUUCCAUCAACAGGGUUACUAUACUUUGUAACAAAUAUGAUAAUCAUCCCAAGGGGUUUGCUUAUAUCGAAUUCGGUGAUAGGGACUCUGUACAAACUGCAAUGGCAAUGGAUGAAUCAUUAUUUAGAGGAAGACAGAUUAAGAUAAUGCAGAAAAGGACGAACAGACCAGGAAUCUCGACUACUAAUCGGCCUCCGAGAGGCAGAAGUUCAUUCCGUGGCAGUCGAGGAAUAAGUCGUGGUUUUUACUCAGGAUAUAGACCUAUACGCCGAGCAAGGGGCUAUAGACGAGGAUAUUUUGCUCCGUAUUGACUGGUUUGUAAGAAAGCACUGUUUUUCUUGUUUUUCCAAUCACACCCUCAUUGUUUUUCUAAGUUAAUAUUAUG